AGGGGGAUAUUUAAAAGCGGUAGGUGGGAGUGGGGUCUGACCGCAGUGUCUACUGUUUAAGAGAAAGGGAAUUCUCCCUCCCCUCUCUCUUUCACUCCCUCUCUCCUGGUUGUGACUCGCUCUCUCUCCCCUCGCUGGCUACAGCAUCAGAAAGCUCUCUAGGUGGAUAGAAUAGACAGACUGAGAGGAGACCAGUGAGAAAAGAUGACUGAGCUGUCACUGCUAUAGAAGGCUAACACACAGACUCACAAGAACAGUUGUUGAGGCAGGUUGAUUUAAAACAGUCUGUCCCAGAGUUUGAGGGCUCGAUUCAACUAGCAGAGAAGAUUUCUUCAGUGGAGGUUGUAGUGAAUUCUUUCAAAGGACACGAGGGCAUCGGCUCUAUCCCACAGAGAGACAACUCCAUCUUCCUCCCUCGCUGCUGAGAGAAGCUAGCCCAGUGACAGGCUUCCACUAUGGGGAUGAAAAGCCUUCUCCUAGGCUAUGCGACCGUGUCAAUCCUUCUCCACUUCUCUGGUGCCGGCCUGGUGAAGAAGGUCAUCCGCCACCGAAGAGAAACCCUGAUGCCCCCCACCUCGGAGAAUGUCACCCUUCCUAACCCUGACCAACCGGUGGUCUUCAACCACGUCUACAACAUCAACGUUCCCUCCACCCCCCUCUGCUCCGUGGACCUGGACUCUGCAGGAGCCACAGAAAUGAAGCCCCACAACAAGGCUCCCCAGUCAGACCUGCAGCACAUGGAGCACACGGUGGACGGGGAGAACCAGAUUGUCUUCACCCACCGCAUCAACAUCCCCAAGCAGGCCUGUGGCUGCGACAACCAGCUGCCAGAUCUGAAGGGUCUCCUCAACAGGCUGGAGAUGCUGGAGGCGGAGGUGUCCAGUCUGAGGGAUCAGUGUUCUGGUGGGGCGGGCUGCUGUGGAGCUCAAGUCACAGGUGAGGUGGCCACUAAGCCCUACUGUAAUGGCCGUGGGAACUACAGCGCUGAGACCUGCAGCUGUGUGUGUGAGCUUGGCUGGAAGGGGCCCAACUGCUCCGAGCCCGAGUGCCCCAAUGACUGCCAGGACCAGGGCCGCUGUGUGGACGGCAGGUGUGUCUGCUUUGAGGGCUUUGCCGGUGACGACUGCAGCGUAGAGCUGUGCCCGGUGGACUGUGGGGAGAACGGCGAGUGCAUCGACGGUGCCUGCCUGUGUGAGGAGGGCUUCGUUGGCGAGGACUGCUCCCAGACCAACUGCCUGAACAACUGCCUGGGCCGUGGGCGCUGUGUGGACGAUGAGUGCAUCUGCGACGAGCCUUGGACGGGCUUCGACUGCUCUGAGCUCAUCUGCCCUAACGACUGCUACGAUCGUGGGCGAUGCAUCAAUGGCACCUGUUACUGCGAUGAGGGGUUCACCGGUGAAGACUGCGGUGAGCUCACCUGCCCGAGCAACUGCAACAACCGUGGGGUCUGCGUCAAUGGCCAGUGUGCAUGUAAUUUAGGUUACAGCGGAGAGGACUGCUCUAAGCUCACUUGCCCCGCUGACUGCCGUGAGAGAGGCCAUUGCUUCAACGGAAGGUGCAUCUGCGACCCGGGCUUUGAGGGUGAGGAUUGCUCUAUCCUGUCCUGCCCUGACAACUGCAAUGACAGGGGCAAGUGUGUCAAUGGCGAGUGUAUCUGCGAAGCUGGGUACCAAGGGGACGACUGCGGCGAACUCUCCUGCCCCAACAACUGCUUGAACCGUGGGCGGUGUAUCAACGGCCGUUGCAUGUGUGACAAGGGCUUUGCCGGAGAAGACUGCAGCAUCAAAACCUGUCCCAAAGACUGCAUGGGGCGUGGAGAGUGCGUGGACGGCAAAUGUGUGUGCUUCCUCGGUUUCACAGGCAAGGACUGCGGAGAGCUGACCUGUCCUAACAACUGCCUGAAUCGAGGCCGCUGUGUGAACGGACAGUGCAUGUGCAGCAAGGGAUUCACUGGGGAGGACUGCAGUGAGAAGACUUGCCCGAACAACUGUCUGGAUCGAGGCUACUGCGUGGAUGGGAAGUGUGUGUGCUUUGAAGGCUUCACAGGCCUCGACUGUUCAGAGCUCACCUGUCCGGGAGACUGCCAGGACCAAGGUCGCUGUGAGAAUGGAGUGUGUGUUUGUGAUGAGGGCUUCAUUGGAGAAGACUGCUCUGAGGUCUCUCCACCUAAGGACCUGACAGUGGUGGAGGUCACUUCAGAGACGGUGGACCUCUCCUGGGUCAAUGAGAUGACGGUGACCGAGUAUCUGGUCACCUAUGUUCCCACCGCCCCUGGGGGUCUGGAGCUGGAUCUGCGGGUGCCAGGAGACCAGAAGAUUGCCACCAUCCGAGAGCUAGAGCCUGGUAUAGAGUACCUGAUAAGCGUCUAUGCCAUCCUCAAGAACAAGAAGAGUGUGCCCGUCAGUGCCAGAGUGGCCACACAUCUCCCUGAGCCUGAAGGUCUCAAGUUCAAGUCUGUGAGGGACACUUCUGUGGAGGUACAGUGGGACCCCCUGAACAUCCACUUUGAUGGCUGGAACCUCAUCUUCAGAAACACCAAAGAGGAGAAUGGGGAAAUUAUGAACUCUCUGGGUUGGCCCGAGACCACCUUCGAGCAGUCGGGCUUGGGGCCUGGACAGGAGUAUGAAGUCAAACUGGAGGUGGUGAAAAACAAGACUCGAGGACCACCAGCAAAAAAGAACGUUGUUACAAUGAUCGAUGGCCCCAACUCAGUGGACGUGCGCGACGUCACCGACACCACUGCACUGAUCACCUGGUUCCACCCGGUUGCCCAGGUGGAUGGGGUGAGCAUUGCUUUCGGCCCCAGCAGCGACCGUGCAGACAGGGACACAGUGGAGCUGUCCUCCUCUGAAACCCAGCACCACCUGGGCCAUCUGCUCCCAGACACAGAGUAUGAGGUGUCGCUGAUGGCACGCAGGGGGGAGAUGACCAGUGUGCCCGUGUACGAGACAUUCCUCACAGACCUGGACGCCCCCAGGGACCUGCAGGCUACGGAGCUGACUGAUGAGAGCAUCACGCUGGAGUGGAGGAACAGCCUGGCCAAAGUAGACAAUUAUCGCAUCAAGUACGGCCCUCUGUCCGGGGGAGACCACGGAGAGUUGAUCUUCCCCUCUGGACCCCGAGACACCAGCCAGGCCAAGAUCACAGGUCUACGACCUGGAACAGAGUAUGGAAUGGGUGUAACUGCAGUGAAAGAGGAGCGUGAGAGCCUGCCCACAACCACCAAUGCAGUGACAGCGCUGGAUGCUCCUAAGGACCUGACAGCAACGGACGUGACAGAGACAACCAUGACCCUGACCUGGAAGAGACCCCAGGCUAAGAUUGAUAUCUACCGGCUAGUGUACAUGUCUCUUGAUGGGCGCAAGGCCGAGGCUGUGGUCCAGGGGGGCAGUGUGACACACACCUUGCGGAAUCUGAGCCCUGGCAUGCUGUAUACCAUCACCAUCACGGCAGAGAGAGGCCGCAGACAGAGCGCCUCCACCACCAUCUCGUCCCCCACAGAGGAGAAGAAACCUGAAGUGUACAAUAUUCACAUAUCCGAUGUGUCCUGGGACAGUUUCCUCGUGUCCUGGCAGGCCGAGGAGGGGGCUUUUGAGGGCUUUGUGGUAGAGCUCAUUGAUGCAGAAGCAGGGGCCGAAUGGCAGAACCAUACCUUGUCUGCCAAUGCCCGCAGUUUGGGCAUCGUAGGCCUCACCCCCAGCACCUGGUACAAGGCCAGUCUGUAUGGGGCUUACAGGGGAGGCCUUCUAGAGCCCAUGUCUGCAGAAACCAUCACAGAGGCUGAACCAGAGGUGGAAGAACUUCUAGUCUCCGACAUCACACCAGAGAGCUUUAGGCUGACCUGGGCUGCAGAAGAAGAUGUCUUUGAUACAUUUGUCCUCAUGGUCCGGGACUCAGCCAACCGCGCUCAAGUACAGGAGGUGGUUAUAGCGGGCGAGGAGAGAAGCACAGUUAUUACCGAGCUCUCUGAGGAUACCGAAUACCAAGUUGAGAUCUCUGGGCUCAUUUUGGAACGACGCUCCCAAACUGUGUCGGAGUUGGCACGAACAGGCCUUGGUUCUCCAAAGGGCAUCCGUUUCUCGGAUGUCACUGAUACCUCUGCCACAGUUCACUGGACAGUGCCCAGAGCCCGAGUAGACAACUACCGUGUCACCUAUAUGCCCAUUCAGGGAGGAAGUCCAAAGACUCUGACGGUGGAUGGAGCCGAUGCUCAGACAGUUCUGCCCAACCUGAUCCCAGGUGUCACGUACCAGGUCACCGUGAUUGCUGUCAAGGGUCAAAAGGAGAGCCAGCCAACCUCAGACAGUGUCACCACAGCUCUGGACAAGCCUCGUGGCCUGACGGCAGUCAACAUCACAGACAGUGAGGCUCUGCUUCUAUGGCAACCUGCCAUCGCUACUGUAGAUGGCUACGUCAUAUCCUACAGCGCAGACACUGUGGCCCCAGUGAUGGAGAGAGUGUUGGGCAACAUUGUGGAGUUUGAGAUGAGCUCCCUCACCCCCGCCACACACUACACAGUCAGGGUAUAUGCAGUCAGGGAUGCUGCCAAGAGUGCUGCUACCACAACUGAGUUCACCACUGAUGUGGAUGCCCCCCAGGACCUGGCAGCCAGCAACGUCCAGACGGAGAGUGCCAUGCUGAGCUGGAAGGCCCCACGGGCCGACAUCACAGGCUACAUCCUCAGCUUUGAGUCCGUCGACGGCACUGUCAGGGAGGUGGUAUUGAGCCCAACAGCCACCUCGUACAACAUGGCCCAGCUGCACGCCUCCACCGAGUACACAGUUCGCCUGCAGGCCAUCGCCGGGCCCAAGAGAAGCCGCCUCGUUAACACUGUGUUCACCACCAUUGGUGUGCUAUACAGACACCCCAGGGACUGCUCCCAGGCCUUGCUGAAUGGGGACACUGUCUCAGGUCUGUACACUAUCUACCUGGGAGGAGAUGAGGGCCAGCCCAUACAGGUCUACUGUGACAUGACCACCGAUGGAGGUGGAUGGAUAGUGUUUGUGAGGCGUCAGAGUGGAAAACUCGAGUUUUUCCGUAACUGGAAGAACUACACUUCAGGCUUCGGAGACAUGAAUGACGAAUUCUGGCUCGGUCUGUCCAACCUGCACAAGAUUACAGCAGGUGGUCAAUAUGAGUUGCGUGUGGAUCUCAGGGACAAGGGAGAGGUGGCAUACGCCCAGUAUGACAAGUUCUCCAUCUCUGAACCCCGCACACGCUACAAGGUGCACGUUGGAGGCUAUAGUGGUACUGCUGGUGAUUCUAUGACGUACCACCAUGGCCGUCCGUUCUCAACCUAUGACCAUGAUAAUGACAUCGCUGUUACCAACUGUGCCCUGUCCUACAAGGGUGCCUUCUGGUAUAAGAACUGUCAUCGCGUCAACCUUAUGGGACGAUAUGGAGACAAUAGUCACAGCAAGGGUGUGAACUGGUUCCACUGGAAAGGCCAUGAGCAUUCCAUUGAGUUUGCCGAGAUGAAAAUCAGGCCGUCCAACUUCAGAAACUUUGAGGGAAGGAGGAAACGAUCAUGAACCACCUGGUCCUGUCCACCUCACCCCUCCCUCCCACCUCCAUGACCCCCACCUAUGUCCUCUGCCCCUGCUGAAUCCACCCCCACACCCUGCAGCUACCAAAGUCACUGCCAAGGGCCCUGUCUUCUCAACCUACACCUCUCCAUCUGCUCACUCACUGAUAGAAGCACAAAUACACUACAAAAACUAAAUGUUAAAUUACAAACCCCACAGUCCUGCUCCUUCCUGGUUGUGUGCAGUAGAAGUACUGUCUAUGCCAAAUCUGAUGUGGAUACAUGGACCACAAACCGAGCCCACACAUGGAUUCAACAUACACCAAAGAGAGCACACUCUAUAACACCCAGGUAUGCUUGUUCCAUUUUUUGCUCCUCACUCUCACUUCACAGCGUUAAUGGAGGGGUGUAAAUGAGUAUGAUUUGGGGCGUACCAUGUAGCAUGUAGAGGACUGACGGUGUCUGUUACUGUACUACAGUUUGUCCCGUCCGGCCACAGUCAUCCAUAGGGUCAUUGCAGAGAGGGCACGCUGUUUACAUGUAGUCUUGUCUAGUGUCAGGGCCUCUUCACUAAUACGAGUAACCUCUAAAUUGGAUUAUACAAAAAUGUUCUUUAAAGGAAUACUUUGCUUUGAGCACACACAAUCAUCUUAAUUCAAAUAUACUAGUAUAAAAGAAAAUGAUAGGGUUAGGGCUAAUCCUAACCCUCUUCAGGAUCCUCUUAUUCAGACGUCUAUGUUAUGUGAAGAGUCUCUAAGUGUCAUUUAUUUGCCCUUGUGCGACAUGCUCAUUCCAUCUCCCCUCUUUCCUUCUCACUGUUUCACCUCCUAGUCCCUAUAGCAGAUCAAAAGUGUCAUCUGACAUUAUAUAUGGGCAUGAACAAAAUACACAUUAGGGAAAUCAUUUGCUGCAUUCUGUGCACACAAUUAUGAAGUUUCCAUGGAUUGUGUGGGCCCUGAAGGCACUGUGCAAUUGUCUCACACAUGUACUGUGUAUCUGGGCUACUUUAAAGUUACCAUGCAUUUACCCAGGACAGAUUUUUUCUUCAGAUAAUUUUCUUCUUUGUUUGACUUCCUUUAGAAAUUCCAAGGCAGGACCUAUUAUUCAAUAUAUUAAGAAAUGGAUGCUUACAUUUUUGCAAAAUGUGAAUACAUAUAUGGAACAAGUCAGAAUGGAAUAUUGAUUUAAAUUCAAGGAAAACAAGUGAUGGAUGUUCAAGAUUUUCCAUUCUUGUUGACAUACAGUAGGUAUGUUUUGUUAAGAAACACUUUGGGCGGACCAAAAGUAGAGAAGUUGUUUUUCCUCCCACUCCAUCUGUUUAGACAGAGGAUUAAACCACUGACCCCUAUGGAAUACCUGUGUAAAUUAAUGAUUUUUGGUUUGUUUUUCGAUUAUUUGUGUUUGUUUAUAACUGCGUGAACUACAGGUGUUUCUCUGUAACCGGUAUUACAAUAAAAACAAAAUUGUUUAAAA